AUGAGGAGUCUCAAGAGGAGCCAAGAGGGCAGCACAGUCCUUGCAUCAAACAUAUCCAGCAAGGUCUACGUGCGUUCAACGCGGAGCGGCAAAGUUCAGAAGAUUGUGAGAGAGGUCUACCUGAGGGACGAUAUCCCCUGCUCUUCAAAGCUGUGUAGAGCCUGUCUUGAGAGUGCUCCCCGGAAUGCUUCCAACCAAGCCCAGCAGUUUGUCUUGUCGGAUAGGCCAGCGGGCACCAAAGACUUCCCGCAGGGCCACUACCUGAUGCCCGAUACCAACGCACUCCUCAACGCCAUGGACCUGUUCGAGCAGAGCUCAUCCUUCUACGAUGUCAUCAUCCUGCAGACGGUCCUGGAGGAGGUGCGCAACCGGUCGCUGCCGCUGUACAACCGGCUGCUGGCCCUGACCAAGAGCGAGGACAAGCGCUUCUACGUCUUCUUCAACGAGUUCCGUCGGGAGACGUACGUCAGCCGCGAGCCCAAGGAGACGGUCAACGACCGCAACGACCGCGCCGUCCGCCAGGCAGCCAGGUGGUAUGGGCAGCACCUGGCACGCGGUCCCGGGGCUGGCAAGACGCCCGCUAUCGUCAUGCUCAGCAACGACCGGGACAAUCUGCGCAGGGCGCGCUCCGAGGGUCUCGACGCCUCGUCGCUCGAGGACUACGUCAGAAGCCUCGGCGACGGCGACAGGCUGCUCGACAUGGUGGCCGAGGUGCAGGCCCCCGGCGGCGGCUUCAGCAAGACGGGCCCCAUGCUGUAUCCGGAACACUUCACCGUGUCUCGGAUGAUGACGGGCGUCAAGUCCGGCCUCCUGCAUCAAGGAAUCUUCAACGUCUCGCCCUACAACUACCUCGAGGGCUCCAUCAAGGUGCCCGCCUUCCCCAAGCCACUGCUCAUCCUGGGCCGUGAGAACAUCAACCGCGCCGUCGACGGCGACGUGGUCGUGGUCGAGGUGCUCCCGCAGGAUCAGUGGAAGGAGCCGUCCACCAAGAUCCUCGAGGAGGAGGCUGUCACGCGCGACGAGAACGCCGACGCCGAGGAGUCGCAGGACCUGGUGUCGGAGAAGGAGCGCAAGGCGCUGCAGGAAGAGGUCAAGAAGACGCAGAGGAGCUCGACCGAGGGCCGCUCUCAGCCUACAGCCAAGGUUGUCGGCGUCGUCAAGCGCAACUGGCGACAGUAUGUGGGCCACAUCGAUCCGUCGUCGGUCACCGGAAGCAAGGGGUCGACGCAGGGCCGCCGGCAGGACAGCGUGUUCCUCGUCCCCAUGGACAGGAAGAUACCCAAGAUCCGCCUGCGCACGCGGCAGACGGCCGAGCUCCUGGGCAAGCGUCUCCUGGUGACCAUGGACGCGUGGGAGCGCGACUCGCGCCACCCCGUCGGCCACUUUGUCCGGUCGCUCGGUGAGCUCGAGACCAAGGCGGCCGAGACGGAGGCACUGCUGCUCGAGUGGGACGUGCAGUACCGACCAUUCCCCAAGACGGUGCUCGACUGCCUCCCCAAGGAGGGUCACGGCUGGAAGGUGCCGGCCAACACGGACGACCCAGGAUGGAAGGACAGGGAGGAUCUCCGCGGCCUCCUGAUCUGCAGCAUCGACCCGCCCGGCUGCCAGGACAUUGACGACGCGCUGCACGCGCGCAAGCUGCCCAACGGCAACUACGAGGUCGGGGUGCACAUCGCCGACGUGUCGCACUUCGUCAAGCCGGGCAACGCCAUGGACACGGAGGCGAGCAUCCGCGGGACGACGGUGUACUUGGUUGACAAGCGCAUCGACAUGCUGCCGAUGCUCCUGGGCACGGACCUGUGCUCGCUGAAGCCGUACGUCGAGCGCUUCGCCUUCUCGACCAUCUGGGAGGUGAGGCCCGAUGCCGAGGUGGUGAGCGUGCGCUUCACCAAGUCGGUCAUCAAGUCCCGCGAGGCUUUCAGCUACGAGCAGGCACAGCUGCGCAUCGACGACCCGUCGCAGACGGACGAGCUGACGGACGCGAUGCGCAUGCUGCUCGCGCUGUCCAAGAAGCUCAGGGCGAAGCGCAUGGAAGCGGGCGCGCUCAGCCUGUCGUCGCCCGAGGUCAAGGUGCAGAUGGAAUCGGAGACGUCGGACCCCAUCGACGUCAAGACCAAGGAGCUGCUCGACACCAACUCUCUGGUGGAGGAGUUCAUGCUCUUCGCCAACGUCAGCGUGGCGGCCAAGAUCUACGACGCCUUCCCGCAGACGGCGAUGCUGCGGCGCCACGGCGCGCCGCCCAAGACCAACUUUGACGAGCUGUCGAACCAGCUGCGCGUCAAGCGGGGGCUCGAGCUGCGGUGCGACUCGUCGCGGGCCCUGGCCGACUCGCUCGACGGCUGCGUCGACCCGGCCGAGCCCUUCUUCAACACGCUGGUGCGCAUCAUGGCGACGCGCUGCAUGAUGUCGGCCGAGUACUUCUGCUCGGGCACGCAGUCGUACCCCGAGUUCCGCCACUACGGCCUCGCCUCGCCAAUAUACACGCACUUCACGUCGCCGAUCCGCCGGUACGCCGAUCUGGUGGCCCACCGCCAGCUGGCGGCCGCCAUCGGCUACGACGCCGUCCACCCCUCGCUGCGCAGCCGCGGCCGCCUCGAGGCCGUCUGCAAGAACAUCAACGUCCGCCACCGCAACGCCCAGAUGGCCGGCCGCGCCAGCAUAUCCUACUACGUCGGCCAGGCCCUGCGCGGCAAGGUGGCCGAGGAGGAGGCCUUUGUCAUCAAGGUCUUCAGCAACGGCUUCGUCGUCCUCGUCCCCAGGUUCGGCAUCGAGGGCCUCAUCCGCCUGCGCGACCUGGCCGACACCGAACCCGAGAGCACAUUUGACCAGGACGCCUACCGUCUCACCACGUCUGGAUCCAGAACCGUCAGUAUCGAUCUGUUCCAGAAAGUCAAGGUCAAGGUUAUGGAUGAGAAGGAUGAGUCUACGGGUAAGAGGGGGGUCAAGAUGGAGCUCAUAAGUGCGUGA